AUGGCAUUGCGAUUUCUCUCGGCCCAGAGGCCCUCACUGAUAGGGGCUUCUACCCUGUCAAGGCUAGCCGGCUUGACGUUACAGCCGCAGUUCAACAAUGCCCUCGUGCAGGGCCAACGAUAUGCCUCCGUUAAGGCGCAAGGAGCCUACAAGAAAAAGAGCAAACGAGGCAUUCCCAAGAAGCUAGGAGCGAAGAGGACCGGAGACCAAUUCGUCAUCCCUGGCAACAUCAUCUACAAGCAGCGCGGAACACACUGGUGGCCCGGCGAGAACUGCAACAUGGGCCGCGACCACACGAUCCACUCGACCGCGACCGGUUACGUCAAGUACUACCGCGACCCGGCGCGGCACCCGGACCGCAAGUACAUCGGCGUCGUCUUCGACAAGGCCGACACGCUGCCCUACCCUGCGCACGCCGAGCGCAAACGCCGACUCAACAUGACGGCGCACCCAAUCCGCGAGGCGGCGGAGGAGCCGGCGCUGUCUGCAUCGGGCAUCCCCUUCGCGGUGACGCGCGUGCAGGCCGGCGAACCGGACCGCCUGCUGCGGCUGCGCGACGACUACAGCUACCGCGAGGACAACUGGCGCAUCGGCCGGCUGGCGCGCACGACGGGGCUGAAGUUGACGCGGUUCCGCACACGCAAGCAGUGGCUGCGCAACAGGCGCUGGCGCCGCGAGCGCGAGCUGGCGGGCCAGCGCAAGGCGGAGGAGGAGAAGCGCGCGCAGGGCGAGGAUGGCGGGUUCCAGGCGGCGAAGAAGGUGGUGGGCAAGAAGGGGGCAAAGAAGACCAAGGCAAAGGCCAAGAAAUGA